AGUUCUUCUCAACUUUUCAUUACAAUCAUCAAACAAACAUCCAUGGAUACCAGCGCGAUAAACAACAAAAUUUCUCAUCUAACCUUCCCUAGCCCUCACAGGAAAUACUUGCACCAUAACAAGAUCAUAUCCUUUACUCCUUUUAUGUCACUAAAACCAUCAGCUCACAAAGUACUCGAGGUAACAAACGUGCCAAAGAUAACUAGCUACCACGAUACAUGGCUUGAUCUUAUGGCCAUUAAUCAUCUCUCUCAAAACCUACAAGCUGUUGCAGGCAUUCAGAUAGAAGAGAAAGGUUAUGAUGGUUUGUUGGAAACUUGCAAAGAAGUGACUGUGAAGUUUGAUCCAGUGCAACAACGAAAACUCAGCUUGGAAGGUCUUGCUAGAUCCAUUCCUAAGGAAAUUUUUCCUUUGUUGAGAGCAUUGGUACCACAUUGUAAGUUUACAAGAGAACUCCUAGCCAAAUUCACAGGCUUGUUUUUUUCUUGGUUAGUUGGACCAUCUGAGUUGAAGGAAUCAGAGUACAAAGGAACAACAGAGAAGAACGUGGUGCACGUAAAGAAAUGCAGGUUUUUAGAGAGCUCAAAUUGUGUAGGAAUGUGCACAAACCUCUGCAAGUUUCCAACUCAAACAUUCAUCAAGGAUUCUCUAGGAAUGCCAAUCAACAUGGUCCCUAAUUUUGAAGAUAUGAGUUGUGAUAUGAUAUUUGGUGAGGAACCACCAGCACAAGAUAAAGAUCCUGUUACAAAACAAUCUUGCUAUAAACUAUGUAAAAUGACUAAAAUCUACCAUUUUUCAGAGAAAUCAGAACAUUAUCCUAGCUAGAAAAAAAUAUGUUUAUGUUUCAUUGUUUGUUUUCAGGUAAAAUCAGUAAGAGGCACACUACUGAAAGGUGCUCCUAAUAUGAUCCAAUGGUACCACCAUGGUCCAUGGCCGCGACACGUAUGCUAAAGGCUCUCAAUUUGAUCCUGUAGGAUAUGAAAUCUCCACGAACACUCGGUCAGUUGUGCAUUAUGAAGACCAUGAUUAGAAAAUUGGACUUAAAUGUUGAUAUUAUACUGUGAAUGAUGUAUUAGCCGUACAAUCUGCAAUUGCAUUGUGGACUUGAAACAACUAAGUUGUUGUAGGCCCUUGUGUUAGUUAAGUGCAUAAAAGGCAAAUGAAGUUAUAGAAUCGGCAAUUAAAUUUAUUUAUUUUGUGACUAUGGGCAUAGAUGAUUAGGAUU